AUGUCAGACGGCGAAGCGCCUGCACCGGGCUUGCCCCCGGCCAUCUCGAACCCUGAAGAAGAUGAGAGUGGCAGGAUUAUGGGCGCCGUCGUUGCCGUGACGACGCUGGCCCUGAUCACGGUUCUGACAAGGUUCUACGUUCGCACGGUCAUGAUCAGGAGCCUUGGAUGGGACGACGCCAUGAUGGCACUCACCAUGAUGACUUCGCUGGCUGGUUGCGGCCUGGCUGUCGCCUCGGUCCAAUAUGGCGCUGGCCGACAUCGUGGCGAUGUUCCCGCCGAUGAUUUUCAGACUGGGAUGAAGCUGAACUUUAUCAGCCAGCCAACGUAUCUGUUUGCCAUCUGCUUUGUCAAAUUGGCCGUGGGCUGCUCGCUUCUGCGGAUCGCGUCCACCAAGUUCUACACCUGGCUGAUCAGUGGCAUCAUGGGCUUUAUGCUAUUCUAUACCAUUGCCUGCUUCUUCACCAUCAUCUUACAGUGCACGGACAUUCGUGUCCUAUGGAACCCAAACAUCCAGUCGACCUGCUGGACGAUGCAUACCCUCCAGAGCCUGUCGUACACGAACAAUGCCCUCAACAUCAUCACAGAUCUCCUCUUUGCCGUCGUCAUCCCUGCCCCCAUGCUGUGGAACCUGAACGUGCACCGACGGACACGCGUCACUCUCUUGUUUGUCCUCGGCCUCGGUGUCUUCGCCUGCGCCGCCGCCCUCGUCAAGGUUGGCUACGUUGUCAACUAUGGCAAGGUGGGCGACUUCCUGUGGGACUCGCAGGACAUCACCAUCUGGACAGCGGCGGAGACCAAUGUCGGUAUCGUCGCGGGAAGUCUGCCGACGUUGCGCCCCAUCUUCAAGAGCUUCCUCGGCAGCGUCUACGGACGGGGCACAAAGCCAAGCAACGACCCGAGCCAUAUUUACGGCCACGGCACCAGUCGGAGUUCCAAGCAUUGGCAGGCCUUGUCCAGCGGCGGGCGCAACAGAAGCCGUCCAGCGGAUGACCUCGCAGACGAGACGAGCAGCCAGGAGGCCAUUGCCUUGGGGCGGAUGAGGGACGAGUACGACUUGGCAGGCAAGAGUGGCGCUGCUACGACAAUCGUUUCCUCGGCUCGCGCCGCCGGCGAGGACCCCGAUCAAAGCGGCAUGGCGUCGGGCCUGUCUCGACAAGGCAUCCAGAAGACAACGUCGACAACUGUGUAUCGUUCCGAGUUGUGA